AUGGUCAGUAAGGAGACCAGCCCCUGCCUGGCUCGGAGCAGUGAGGGCAGCCAGGAGAAAGCCAUGACCGUACGCUCAGUGCUGCUCAACCGCGACUCGCCCGACAUCGAGACCCGCCUCAAACGCCGACGCAACCGCACCCAGCAGGUUCGCUUCAAGGACCUGGUGGAUGGCCACCCUGGGGAGGAGGCGAGCCCCGCGCAGAAGCCAGCAGCUACCCCUGACACCAACACCCCAUGUGCCUCUACACCUCCCAGGGAUUCCCCUGAGCUGGUGGCAAACUGUGCCUCGGACGCCCAGCGGAGCUGGCACCAGGCCAAGCCGUGCUCACUGACGCUGCCUAUGCCCAGCAAGGUGUGUCUGAGCACGGCCAUCCAGACCUCCCCCAGCCUCCAGCAACAAUUCCCAGCCUCCCGUGUCCGCAGCAAGAGCACCUGCGACUUCGCCCACGAGGAGGAUCCGGCCGCUGCCUGGGAGCCCAGCAAGAGCCAGACGGGCUGCAGGGGCCCAGCCUGGGCACCCGCCAGAGCCAGCGGGGAUCUCCCCCAGUGCCCCCUCACCAGCCUUUCUGCACACAACCACCUCCCUGCCUCCCCCCUCGCCCAGCACACCAGCAGAGAGGGGCAGCCAGGCCCCACUUCACAUGCCACUUUGUGCCACGGGCUGACUCCAGCGCCCAGGGCUCCUUGCCCACCUUAUCCAGGGACCAUCAGGUGUACCGCGGCCAACUAUACCUCCCAGCAAAAGGGCUGCCCACCAGCGCCCAGCCCCUGCCUCUGCUCCUCCCAGCCCCCUGCAUACACCAGGAACUGUGGGAGCCCUAAGGACAGCCACGGUGCCCCUGCUCCGUGUCCCCUGCGCCCUUCCUCUGUGCCAUGUGGACAGCCUGGGCCACCUGCAGAGCCACGGCCUCGGAGCAGGAGCCAGUCUGAGCAGGACCUGCCAUCCCAGCCUGCUCAUAACCGCAUGGCCGGCAGCCAUGGGCUCGGCCAACCAGCUCAGUGUCCCUCCCAAAGAGACCCCACUGCUGCCCUGCAACAACGCCACCGCUCGUCCUGGGGCAGCCCCAGUGCAGUCCUGCCACCACCAAGCCUCCCCAGUUCUACAGCCACCAUGCUGAAGAAGACACCAGCCACCCUCAGCCACCCGGCUCCCAGCAGUGGACAGGCCCAAUCUGUGGCUGCAAGGCCCAGCGUCUGCAGCCGGCUAAAGGCCAUCCAGACCGAGUGUGGCCUCAUGAACUUGGAGGAGCCUCAGCAACUGACCUCCACAUCCAGCCAGGGGCACCCCCCGAGGACACAGCAAUUCACCCGGACUCCUGGGGCCCCCUGGAGCAACGAGCUGCUGGGCGAGCCCUGUCUGACGGCCGAGCAGCUGGAGACUCUGCACCAGGUUCAGGACCUUCUGCAAUUGGUGGCUGCAGCCAAAGGGCAAGUGGGUCUGUCCAAGGGGGAUGAGCAUUUCCUAACAUCUCGGGGACAUGUGGGUGUGGGGCCCGGGCAAAUGGGGGACCUACAGUCACAGGUGCAGUCCCUGGAAGGGGUGCUGGAGACCAGCCAACAAACCAUCAAGGUGCUGCUGGAUGUCAUCCAGGACCUGGAGAAGAAGGAGGCCCAGCGGGAUGGGCGACACUCAUACCGGACAGGGCAGGAUAUCGCCAACUGUGGGACCUGCCGGGACUGCGCCUGCAUAAUCUACAGUGUGGAACAUGAUUUUCGGCAGCAGGAAGGCCGCUUCCAGCGGGUGCUGAGCAGCAUUGAGAGUGAGUCAAGGCAAAGCUCCCCCACGACAGCCCGGGCCACCACACCGACUCGGCAAGAGCUGUCCCCGAUGCCGAAGCUGCCUGCAAAACUGGACUCCAAAAAAUCCAGGCGCAAAUGUUUCUGGUUCCUGUGA